AUGAUCGUGGACUUCAGGAAACAGCAGAGGGAGCACCCCCCUAUGCACAUCGACAGGACCGUUGUGGAGAGGGUAGAAAGUUUUAAGUUCCUCGGUUUUAAGUUCCUGGACAAACUGAAAUUGUCCAACCACACAGACAGCAUGGUGAAGAAGAGAGAGGAAGUGAAGACAGAGAUGGGUCUGCAGCUGGACAGUUCAGCUCCACCCCCUCUUCUCCACACCCAUAAUCCCCUCCCCCCACUGGUCCAUAAACUGAAGUUGUAUUCUCUUAACUCCAUUUUGAUAACGUCUUGGGAUGCCCUUAUCAUUUCCUAUCUUUUAACCAACAGCGAUGGAGACAUCCCUGCCCCUGACCAGAAGGACAAUGCAGGGACAUCUACAGAGGAGAGUUCUGAAGAAGAGGAGGACGAAGAGGAGGAGGAGGAGGAGGAGGAUUCUGACGGCUUUGCUGAGAAAGGAGGAGUAGAAUCCGAGGAGCCUGACGUUGAGGGUUCCUGUAAUGAGUCAGAGUCGGCUCCUCAACCUGAUGCAGAGGUUUCCCUUGCUAAAGAUGUGCCCCCCAAGCCAUGCUGUGAAAAAUGCAAGGCUGUCCAGCAGAGUCAAGGCAAUGAACUGGUUACUCCCAGGAGGAUCUCUAAAGGUCGCCUACAGGUGCAGCUGGAGGGAGAGGGGACAUAUGAGUGCUCCGUCACCGGCCUGGUGUUUGAGGUGUCAGAGAGAGUCCUGAUCCGCUACUCGGUCCUGUCCUGGUCCAAGUUUGGCAUGUUCCUCAGGGACUCCUGGAGGUUUGCUGGGCCCAUCUUCAACGUGGACUGUGUCAACAGCCCCUCAUCCAUCCUCACCUCCAUCCAGUUCCCUCACUUCCUCUGCCUCGCUAACCCCGACAGUGAAAUGACCUUUAGUGUCCUGCAUAUGAAGGACAGCUGUCCGAUGAUCGAGCCCUCGGUAGACCACUCUGGCAGCCAUGUAAAGUGGCGUGUAUCAUCCCUGUCCCCGGUGGGGCCUAUUGUCCAGAGCAGCAAGCCUGUAGAGCACCACGGGGUGGUCCUGGUGUAUAAGGAACUGGCUCUGAACAACUCCUACUCCUUUCGCAUCUACCUGGCCACCAACAACUCCUCUGACAUUAAGGACAUAUGGAAGGAGGUGCGUUGCGCCAACAAGCGUUACCUGAAGGUAGAGAAGCCACCCACCUGUAAGUUGGAUGAGAGGAGGUACCGCCUCAUGAGUGAACCAGAGGGAGACAUCAGCCCCGCGGACUUGCCGUUCACGCUGGCCGUGACUAAAUUGAAGGGAUAUUUUGAGGUGUUCUUUGAGCAGCCCCCUCCUUUCAAGGUCUCCCUCGUAGAGACAGAGUCCGACAAGACUGUGUGGUCAGCCACCAUCAGAGAAGGUGACUGUGUGGACAAUACAGUUGAAAAGCCAAGGAAACUGACAAAUAACAGGAAGAGAAGCACCAGCACAUCAGAGGAAGAGUUGCCCAGAAAGAGACGUCGAUGCGCAGAUGAGCCAGACGGAGUGCGGACAGUGCAGGUCCCAGACGUGUCGUCCAAGCAGCUGAUGCAGGUGGCUAAGAUGCAGGGGAAGGAGUGGAAGCAGGUGGCUAUCGGUUGCCUGGACCUGUCCUCCAAAGAGCUGGACGAUAUACAGGCCAGUGAGGAGGAUGUCGACAUGCAGAGGUUUAAGGCAUUGGAGCGCUGGAAGACUGGCAGGCCAAAUGGUCAAGCCACGGUCACUCACCUCUUGAUGAGCCUACAGGAGCUGGAUGACCUGCCCAACAAGGUCCUCAAGACACUGCAAGAUAUGAUAGACAAUAAAGCGGCCGAAUGAGAUAUAUUUUGCCUCCCAAGGUCCCUGCCAUUCCGCAGCCCUAUCGUCAAUGAGCCAGAGAGACAAUGGGAGAGAGACAAUGGGAGAGAGACAAUGGGAGAGAGACGUUUGAACUCUUGCCCUGAAGACAGAAAUCCUUCUGCUUCUGCUGUAUUGCAGGGGUACUCUUACCCUACGAGGUCCGGAGCCUGCUGGCUUUCUGUUCUACCGGAUAAUUAAUACACCUGGUGUCCCAGGUUUAAAUCAGUCCCUGAUUUGAAGGGAACAAUGAAAAAUGCAGUGGAACUGGCUUCGAGGUCCAGAGUGGAGUUUGAGGGCUGUAUGGAGUAGGAUGAACGUUCCCGCUAGUCCAGGGAUGGGAAACUCCAAUCCUCAGGGGCCGGAGUGAUGUCACAUUUCUUCCCCAUCCCUAGCUAACGCAGCUAAUUUAAACUAAUUGCAUUCUAAACUGAAGAUCAUAAUUAGUUGAUUAUUGGAGUCAGGUGUGUUAGCUGGGGCUGGGGCAAAAGUGUGACACCAAUCCAGCCCUGACUCACUGGACUGGAGCUGCCUGCCCUUGCUCUAGAGGCUGAUCUAAGGUCAGCUUUGCAUACCUCCUUCAUAAAUUGAGGAUGGUACACUGAUCCUAGAUCAGAAGCAUUAUGUGUCUCCUGCCAUUGCCUAGGCAGGGCAGGGCCGGCACACCAGCCUAGCACUGUCAGCCCCUUCCAGCCCAAGAGAAUUGGGAUUCAAUUGCCUUACAAUGAUAUGUUUGAUUUCUGCAGGCCUGGAUGCUAGAGCUGGAGAACGUUGUGCCCUGCCUAGUAGUGAUGUUUAGUAGUGGGAAACCCUGGCUUUUCACCCCUCAUGUACUCUCAGGAUUUCAACAGGAGUUCAAAAAAGGCAUAGAAAGAGAAUUACACCACAACCUUUAAUCUUGAAUGGUUAUGUUCUUAGACAUACACAAAUGGUCCAUUAACCUGGAAUAAUGCAGGCGUUAUGUAGAGGUACCCCAAACAGCCAGGAGCUGAUGCUGCGACCUGUGGUGCAGUGAAGACCUCUUAUGUCAUAGAUGAGCUCUGGGAAAUAGGUAGCUAAUAUGUAGCCAGUAACAGACAUGUUGCUGCAGUAUGGAAACUGCUAACACACUUACAGGGCUGUUGUCUCAAACAUUGUACAUUUUGUAUUUUGAUAUUUCUCAAUCAAGGCAUUGCCACUUACUUAAUCAUGGAACAACUACUCAAGGAGUGUAGCUGUACUUUUAAUAUGGUGUACAUAUUUUCUGUUUUUUAAACUAUACUGUGAUUGUUUUUUUUUGUAGUCUGUUUGUUCGUUUUUAUGUGUGUUAUGACCAAAUUGAGCCGUCAAACUGACAAUGGGGAUAGCUAAGCUUCAUCUCAGAAAAUAUUGGUAAUAUUUACUUUUGUUUAGACUGGAUCGUGUACAUUCUGUAGCCUGGAAAUCACGCUCAGUGCAUUUGAACAUGGUGGGAUUGACUGAAUUCCAGAAACCACUAAUGUAGGAGGGUUUUUUUUGUUCAUAAAAAGGGCUACUAACUCAUUUUAAACACCUUUCAAUAGGGAUGUCACUGUUGCCAAUACUGGGACCCAAAUACCCCAGGGAGAGUAACAACGAUUAACUGUGAAAUGAUGAAUGGGAAAACCAUGAGUUAAGUUGUCUAUUGGAUGCCAUUUGUAAGUGUGUACAUAUUUUUACACAGUGAUCGCUCCGAAAAGGCCAUCAUUAAUAUUCCAUCCUUACAUGUGUACUUCUGUAAUGGUACAGCUCAGGUAAGGGCCUUCAUAGGGCUCUGGGUAUGGUGUCUAAGAUUACAAAUCUUUGACUGAAUAAAAUACACUUUUGCAAAAAUUGAUAAAUAAUGUUUAAUUGCAAAUAAUUUUCAGCUAGCAGAUGAUGGUCUUCAUGACUGUUAGGCUGCUAUGACUUAAUCAAACAUUUAUCCUAUGUAACCGGUUGUGUACCUGUAACUUUCUGCGGUGUGUUCUGGUGAGGUGUAUGUGGAAGGGAAAGCUCUGAAAACAAUUCUGCCGGUUGUCUCUUUUAACGACUGCAUGGAAUGGAGACAAAUGCAAGGCAAAUGUUAAUGCUGCCGUCUGGACUCUCAUAAGUACAUUUAUCACUCAUCACGCUUUAAGCAAACUCACAUAAACCAAAAAAUGCAUUGUACAAAGUGUACAUGUUAAUAUUUUCAAAAGACUUAACAUUUCAUUUUAAAAACAUUGUACACCAAUAAAAGUGCUAAAUAUUUAAUUAAGUGUACUAUUGUCCUAUUAUACCCAAGGGAUACUUGUCCAGAGCAGCAAGCCUGUAGAGCACCACCGGGUGGUCCUGGUGUAUAAGGAACUGGCUCUGAACAACUCCUACUCCUUUCGCAUCUACCUGGCCACCAACAACUCCUCUGACAUUAAGGUGAGAGGGACGGGGUGUGUGUAUGCGGAUCAUUACAGUAACAUCUUACUGAGUCAGAGAAAUGAACAUCAGAGGGAUUGUAAUGCCCACUGGCCUGACCUCCUGGCACUCUGACUCACUCUGUGGUCUCUACUGAGGGAAAUCACGUCACACUGGAAGUCUGCGGUCUGUUUAUUUGUGCGUAUGUGUGUGGUGAUCAAGAUGAGUUCAUUUGUCACUGUAUCAGAGGGCAUUGGUGCAUGUUAAUUAACAAAUGAUUGUGUAUUGAUUUGUGUAUCUGUAUCUAGGAAAAACUCAGAUGGAAACCCCAAACCUCAUACAUUAGAGCAGCUCAGUUGGCAACACUGGUUCAAAUGACAAAUGUUUUUCCAACUGGUAGGUUUAUAUUGGGAUAGUAACACCAUGUGACAUCAAAUAUAGACCACAGCCAAUUUUACUCUGAUAAUACACAGUCUCUUAGGUCACAUGUCACCCAGUUCCUGAAAUGUGGUUUCAGCGCUGGUAGUGUGUAGAAUCAGUGGUGUGUGUCUUAGUGUGAUAGUAGUAUCAGUGGUGAGGGGAAUGGCUGAGUGACUGAAUGCCUGAGCUGAGCAGAGACCCACAUCAGAGAACUCAGUCCAUUUAACCCUGCCUGACUGGCCAGGGAAAGGAGUUGUUGACUGUUAGGCAACAAUAAGAAAGAUUUUCCAGCACACACACAAAUGACCAUGGAAAAUCAAAUCAAAUGUAUUUAUAUAGCCCUUCUUAGAUCAGCUGAUAUCUCAAAGUGCUGUACAGAAACCCAGCCUAAAACCCCAAACAGCAAGCAAUGCGGGUGUUGAAGCACGGUGGCUAGGAAAAACUCCAUAGCAAGGCCGAAACCUAGAGAGGAACCAGGCUAUGAUGGGUGGCCAGUCCCUUUCUGGCUGUGCCGGAUGGAGAUUAUAACAGAACAUGGCCAAGAUGUUCAUCAAUGACCAGCAUGGUCAAAUAAUAAUUAUCACAGUAGUUGUCGAAGGUGCAACAGGUCAGCACCUCAGGAGUAAAUGUCAGUUGGCUUUUCAUAGCCGAUCAUUGAGAGUAUCUCUACCGCUCCUGCUGUCUCUAGAGAGUUCAAAACAUCAGGUCUGGGACAGGUAGCACGUCCGGUGAACAGGUCAGGGUUCCAUAGCCACAGGCAGAACAGUUGAAACUGGAGCAGCAGCACGGCCAGGUGGACUGGGGACAGCAAGGAGUCAUCAUGCCAGGUAGUCCUGAGGCAUGGUCCUAGGGCUCAGGUCCUCCAAGAGAGAGUAAGAAAGAAAGAGACAAUUAGAGAGAGCAUACUUAAAUUCACACAGGACACCGGAUAUAACAGACUGACCCUAGCCCCCCGACACAUAAACUACUGCAGCAUAAAUACUGGAGGCUUAGACAGGAGGGGUCAGGAGAUCCUGUGGCCCCAUCCAAUAAUUUCCCCGGACAGGGCCAAACAGGCUGGAUAUAACCCCACCCACUUUGCCAAAGUGCAGCCCCCACACCACUAGAGGGAUAUCUUCAACCACCAACUUACCAUCCUGAGACAAGGCCGAGUAUAGCCCACAAAGAUCUCCACCACGGCACAACCCAAGGGGGGGCGCCAACCCAGACAGGAAGACCACGUCAGUGACUCAAACCACUCAAGUGACGCACCCCUCCUAGGGACGGCAUGGAAGAGCACCAGUACGCCAGUGACUCAGCCCCUUUAAUAGGGUUAGAGGCAGAGAAUCCCAGUGGAGAGCGGGGAACCGGCCAGGCAGAGACUGCAAGGGCGGUUUGUUCCUCCAGUGCCUUUCCGUUCACCUUCACACCCCUGGGCCAGACUACACUCAAUCAUAGGACCAACUGAAGAGCUGAGUCUUCAAUAAAGACUUAAAGGUUGAGACCGAGUCUACAUCUCUCACAUGGGUAGGCAGACCAUUCCAUAAAAAUGGAGCUCUAUAGGAGAAAGCCCUGCCUCCAGCUGUUUGCUUAGAAAUUCUAGGGACAAUUAGGAGGCCUCCGUCCACCAGCUCCCAUGUUUCCUGAACAGGGAACAAGGUAUCAAAAACGUACCGCAGGGAUGCUGGCCUAUGUUAACUCCAAUACUUCCCACAGAUGUGUCAAGUUGGCUGGAUGUCAUUUGGGUGGUUGACCAUUCUUAAUACACAUGAGAAACUGUUAAGUGUGAAAAACCCGUCAGCGUUGCAGUUCUUGACCCAAACCGGUGCGCCUGGCAACUCCUACCAUACCCUGUUCAAAGGCACGUAAAUAUUUUGUCUUUCUCAUUCACCCUCUGAAUGGUACACAUACACAAUCCAUGUCUCAAUUGUCUCUUGGCUGAAAAAUCAUUCUUUGACCUGUCUCCACCCCUUCAUUUAGACUGAUUGAAGUGGAUUUAACAAGUGAAAUCAAUAAGGGAUCAUAGUUUUCACCUGGUCAGUCUGUCAUGGAAAGAGCAGGUGUUCUUAAUGUUUUGUUUACUCAGUGUAUGUACGGUAUGUACUAUGUGAGUUUAUUCAUAAUUUCUUUAUUUUUUUAAUUAUUUAAAGAUUUAAAAAAAUAUAUGUUUUAUUGAAUUUUAUCCCCUUUUCGUGGUAUCCAAUUGUUAGUAGUUACUAUCAUGUCUCAUCGCUACAACUCCCGUACGGGCUCGGGAAAGACGAAGGUCGAGAGCCAUGCAUCCCCCGAAACACAACCCAACCAAGCUGCACUGCUUCUUAACACAAGCACGCAUCCAACCCAGAGCUAGCCGCACCAAUGUGACGGAGGAAACACAGUGCACCUGGUGACCUGGUUAGCGUGCACUAUGCCCGGCCCGCCACAGGAGUCGCUAGUGCCUCGAUGAUAUCACUACCGGCCAACCCUCCCUAACCCGGACGACGCUAUGCCAAUUGUACGUCGCCCCACCGACCUCCCGGAUCCAGAGUCUCUGGUUUUAUUCAUAAUUUCGUUCACGCUGGCCGUGACUAAAUUGAAGGGAUAUUUUGAGGUGUUAUUUGAUAUUAAUUUAUCUUCCUCUCAGGUGACUGUGUGGACAAUACAGUUGAAAAGCCAAGGAAACUGACAAAUAACAGGAAGAGAAGCACCAGCACAUCAGAGGAAGAGUUGCCCAGAAAGAGACGUCGAUGCGCAGAUGAGCCAGACGGAGUGCGGACAGUGCAGGUCCCAGACGUGUCGUCCAAGCAGCUGAUGCAGGUGGCUAAGAUGCAGGGGAAGGAGUGGAAGCAGGUGGCUAAGCGGCAGGGGAAGGAGUGGAUGCAGGUGGCUAAGUGGUAGGGGAAGGAGUGGAAGCAGGUGGCUAAGCGGCAGGGGAAGGAGUGGAUGCAGGUGGCUAAGC